UUCUUUUAUUUGAGAAAAGGUGUAAUCUGAUAGAAAUUUCAAGUGUAAUAAACACACGUAAAAUUACAAACUUAAAUGAUCAUUUGAUCAAUAUAGAGGUAUGAUUAUAUUUUUGCUGUAAAAUUUAUAGUAAUGUUAAUAUUAUGUAAGAAAUACAUAAUUUUUCAUCGGUAAAGUUCGAAGAUAAGAGGGGGAAUGGUAUCACAUUUUCCUUCAUAAUUCAAUUUUUACUUCUACAAAAAAAUAAUAAAAAAAACUGACGAUGGCUAUUUGUACGUUACGUACAAAUAUAGACAAGGCGUCUCCAGUUGUUAACUCCUCCAAGAUUGUAGUUGCCAUUUGAACAUCCCCUAUAGCAGGAAUGUUUUGGGUGACGCAGGACAGAUUGAUUUGACGCUUUUGGAAUAAAUUGAUGAUGUCAUUGCCAUAAUUGCGCAAUGUGAUUGGGUACUAUUAAUAGGUUUGAUUAGGACCCAUUUAUGUUAUCUCUAAGAUAAUACUUACAUCGGCAAAUUAGCAAUAAGAUUAGUUACGUGUUAGCAUUUCCUUGCAAUGACGCGUUUACUCUUUUACGUUGGGCUGCUGUGUUUUGGCGGCAGCUUGGCUUGGCCCGGCUUCGGAACAUCCUCAGAAAAUGAACCAGAUGGCGUGGUAUUCUGCUAUUACGGCGAAUGGGCCAACACGAGACCCGGUGCCGGCCGCUUCGGCGUCAGCGACUUACCCACGGAUCUCUGCACACACAUCGUCUUCUCCUUCCUGACCCUAGACGGGCCUACGGGGAAUCUGACUUACCCUCUUGAAUCAACGCAUGAAGGGAAAAGUAAUUCCGUAGCGAAUCUUAUAGCGUUGAAACAGUCCAAUGCCAAUUUGAAAAUUUUGGCUGCUAUCGGCGGUUGGGUAGAAGGUUCGGAUAACUUUUCACCGGUUGUCAAUGAUGAUACUCUGAGGGCAAUCUUCAUCAGAAACUUGUACGACUACAUCGACACCAAUGGCUUCGAUGGUUUCGAUUUGGACUGGGAAUAUCCUUCGCAAAGAGGAGGCCUAGAAUCAGACAAGGAAAAAUUCGUUUUGUUCGUAAAAGAGUUGAAGGAAGCGUUCACGCCUAAAGGAUACCUGCUGACCUCCGCAGUCGCCGUCACCCAGUACCACAUUGACCUGUCCUAUGACGUCCCAGAACUCAAUAAAUACUUGGACUUCAUAAACCUGAUGACGUAUGAUUAUCACGGCACCUGGGACGCGGAGACAGGCGUGAACGCGCCCCUUUUCCCCCAGGAAACGGAUGACCCCAACCUCAACCUGAAUGUGAACCACUCUGUCCACGUCUGGAUUACCAACGGCGCGUCUCCAUCCAAGCUGCUGCUAGGUCUGGGAGCAUACGGAAGGACCUUCACCCUGACGAGUUUGGACAACACCGGGAUUGGUGCGCCUUUCGACGGGCCUGGUGUAAGCGGCCCUUAUUCUCAGGAAGGCGGGUUUUUUGGUUACAAUGAGCUUUGCGAAGACCAGAAGAACAAUCCUUCUGCAUGGAAUAUCACCGAGGUGGAAGGAAACUACGUGUAUGCCAACAAGGACCUCUUCUGGAUCGGCUAUGACAACCCCAGUACUAUCUAUGCUAAGGCACAAUACGCCAAGGCAAUGGGUCUAGGCGGCAUCAUGUACUGGGCCGUGGACUUGGACGACUUUAGCGGGUUCUGCGGGGACAAGUACCCGCUCAUCAGGCAGGGCAUCGAGGGAUUCAAAUCAUCUGCUUCUAUUAUCAGUGCCGCAAAGCUAUUAUUAUUAGUAUGUCUGUUUAAUUGUAUUAUUCAAUUUAGGUUUUUGUAAUAUGGAUGUAAAAAGUGAAAUAAAGAUAAAUUAUUAAACUGA